UCUAGACUAAACACAAGACGCUCUGUAGAGACGAGUUAUAACUAUAGCUGAUUUUUAUUUGGUUUUAAAACCCGACUACUUUCUUGUAUUGAGAGCCGUGGUGUUAAUUACGCAACUCGACUUUUGUCGGCCUAAUUGCGAGAAUCACUAAUCUUAUUCGUCUCUUAUGUCAGUUUCACUCUGUAUGGAGUUGCAUUAGAUUAGGAAGCGCUGGGUUGUAUAAUAAGGACAGGUUUCGCAACUUUAUAUGGAUGGGAAACUAAGUUUAUUACUUAUAAUGGGUCGUCAUAAAACUGUAGACGCGUAUAACGUGAGAUCGCAUACAUUUAAAAUGUCAAAAUUGCUGUAUUUGAAUAGUUUUUAUCUGACUUUGUCAUUCACCCAUGCAAAUGUGAUUAGAGAACUCUCAAACUGGUCUAUUGCAAUGAAAAUGUAAUAAAUGAUCAAUGGUUAAUAAAUCCAAAAUACGAAUAUGUUUUAUGUUCUUUUACGAUUGCGAUUAUUUAUGCGUAAAUUACUGUGGUCUCUGUUUCACUGAAACAUUACUGGAUCAAACCGAAACGCUGGUUUUACACCAAACACCUGUAAUAGAGUCUAACGUUACUCACGUGGCUUUUAUUAAUAAACUUCAGUAUGCCACGAGGUUUAAUAUGUAUCAACAUGAACCUUCGCUGUUCAACAAGUGUCGCUCAUAGCUUCAUGCUUGCAUUGCACGCAGGUGUCUUAAAUCAAAUAGCCUACUGCUCCCUAUGUAGUGAUGUUUGUCUAAAUGCAAGGUAAUGCAUGUUUUUUUUCUGAGUAAAGGUGAUGCAGAAUUUCUGCAAAUAAUAUCAAACGCUUAAAGACGUCGUCAUGGAGAUCUGAUUAAUUUGAUGACUCAGGGGUUGUGUAUGAAACCUUGUGAGCUGCCUACAUAGACAUAUCGCAUCUCUGAUAUCUACAGUAAAUGCGUAAAUGCUUAUUAUAAAAAUUGGUUGUCACUGUGAUGCCCAAAAAUCUUGUCUAGGUAGGCAGCUCUCUAGGGUAGUCUGCACACUUUGGUCUCUCAAGUCAAAUGCAAUUAGUAAAUAUGAACAUUAUAUGAAUAUUGCAGUUACGAGGGAUUUUAAAGAUUUGAAAGUGAACCAUGUCAAGUGCAGCAGACGGGUGCAUUAAGUUCACUCGCCAUGCUGGUGAUGUGCUGUUCAACUUCAACCGCCUCCGCAGCAGAAACAUCCUGACCGAUGUCACCAUUGUGGUCGGUGGGCAGCAGUUCCGGGCCCAUAAGACAGUUCUGAUGGCAUGCAGUGGCCUCUUCUACUCCAUGUUUGCAGAUGCUUAUAAAAGUACCUUGAGCAUCAUAAGUUUAGAUCCAAAGGUGGACCCUGAUGGCUUUGCCAUAUUGUUGGAGUUCAUGUAUACGUCUUGCCUCACGCUUAAAGAUAACUUCAUUUUAGCCAUCCUCAACACAGCCAUAUAUUUACAGAUGGAGCAUGUGAUGGACACAUGCCAGAGGUUCAUAGACUCCAGGGGCUUGUGUGUGAAGCAGAGCAGAGCAGAGAUGCUGGUUAAUCACGGCAGAAUUAAUUCAUCUCCAGAAGCUCCCUUCCUCCUCAGCGACGCCCUGAGCACCCAAUCCAGCAUGAACUUCAGCACUUAUGGUCCUCCCAACCUGCACUAUGCAGUAAGCACUUCCACAGAAAACCCUUCUCACCUCUACAGACCUCUGCCUCUCCCCGUGGACACCUCCAAGACCACAAACCCCCUCUGGCAGAUCCCGAAGACGGGUGUAAUAGCCCAUCAGCAGCACUCCCCGCCAGACAGCGGAGCCUCGGCUCGGACCAUGACUAACGGAGGAGCCACGGAAGCCAGAGAAGAGAGGAACCGUCCAUCUGUGCUCUUUCACUCUGCUCCAGCUGAAAGAUACAGGAAGACUCCACUUCUGAAUUCAGAGGUGGAGAACACUGAAGCGAGUCACAGCAGCAGCCCCAAGAGCCCUCUCAGAUCGGACUGCCAGCCCAACUCACCCGCAGAGUCCAGCAGCUGCAGUCGAGGAGCGGCGUCUCCUCCCAGCUCCAUCAGUCACCCGAAGAUCCGCAACUGGAAGAAGUACAAGUUCAUUGUGCUGAACUCCACAGACGGAGCGACUGACCAUACCUCACUCACUCCACCCCACACGGUUACAGAACCCACCGACAAGAACAAUGAAGGCCGAGGGCAGCUCAGUAUGGAUAGCAGCUCUACAGAUGAAUGCAUCAAAACAGAAGAGCGUGACUUUUCACUUCCCAACACUUUGACCGAGGAGAGCAGCACGGGAGCCACAAGAUCAGAGCGGGACAGACUCUACUGUAACGAGUGUGAGUCCAAGAGCGAAUCUGACGCAGAGAAGCCGCGGUGGCUACAGGACGGAAAAGAGUACAAGUGUGACCGCUGUCAGGCCAUGUUCUGCUAUAAUGGAAACCUAGCGAGCCCCAAGACCAUCCACACAGAAGAGAAACCGUAUCGCUGCAACGUGUGCGGAGCUCAGUUCAACAGACCUGCCAAUCUGAAGACACACUCACGGAUCCACUCAGGAGAAAAACCAUACAAAUGUGAAACCUGCGGCUCGCGCUUCGUCCAGGUGGCUCAUCUGAGGGCUCACGUACUGAUCCACACCGGAGAGAAACCGUACCCGUGUGACAUCUGCGGCACGCACUUCCGCCACCUUCAGACGCUGAAGAGUCACUUACGAAUCCACACGGGAGAGAAACCUUAUCAUUGUGAGAAUUGUGACCUGCACUUCCGUCACAAGAGUCAGCUGCGUCUGCAUCUGCGACAAAAGCACGGUGCCGUCACCAACACCAAGGUCCAGUAUCGCAGAAGCAGAACCUCUUGAAAAAACAUGAAGCUAUUUAGAGACUCGACAGAAGCAUUUUCAAGUCCUUUAGUGGUACAGCCACAAGAAAAGCCAUCAGAACAUGCAGAUGCCGCAUGGAUCUUUGUCAUGUCGGUGUCCGUGUUUACUCUUAUGGUGACGCUGAAUAUUAUCUCUUAAAUAUGGACUAGUUCACCAGCACAUUCUGCUUGUUUUCACCCAAAUAUCAUGAUGUACGUCAAGUUCUCGCCGAUAGUCCUAGUGGAAGAUUGAGCAUAAUUUUAUCUCUAGUAUUUAUUUUUAUUAGGAAUGCUAUUUCACUCCCUCUCAAUCAAACUAUGCACUGUGUGUGUGUAUAUAUAUAUAUAUAUAUAUAUAUAUACAUAUAUACAAACAAGGAAUAUUGGUACAAAAUAAUUAUGCAACUGCAGUGUGUGUUUUCUCAGUGUGGUACUCUGCUCUGUCUGACAGUUCUGUUGUCAUGUAUUUGUACAGCUGUUUUUGGUACUAGAGGGCCGAAGGUCCUUGUAAUUAAAUAUUUCAUACCAAACAAAA